AAAACCCUGUCCUGCCUAGAGCUUCAUUUAGCUACUCAAGUGUAACCGACUUCACCAAGCAGGCUGUCGCCGCCGACUUGGUAGGGCUACUAGCGGUCCUGUGCUGUCCAUUGUACAGACAACGCGUUCAUCUUUCGACAGUCUAUUCUUCUUCCGUGCCGAGGUGUCUAUUAGGAUGCGGUUACCACUUUUUUCACUAUUCUGAUACAUUAAAAAUCAGCGAACCGUCCACGUUGGAAACGAUAAACGUAUUAAACGGACAAGCUCCACUCCAAUCACAAGUACAAACGAACAUCUCACUUACUCUUUCUUUCAUAUUUUUCCUAGUUUUACAACUUUUUUCACGGCCAGUGCGCAAGCUUGGCACUGGCGCGCAAGAAAACAUUUAUUUCCACGCUCCCUUGCGUGCCGUAACGUUCACACACUGGCCCCACUGAUUGUGGUAUAAAAAGGGCACGGAAACCGACAACAUGAUGAGCAAUAAUACUUACUACGAGCAGCAGCAGCCGCCGCAGUACUACCAGAGUACGGACAACGGGGACGACGAAGAAGAGGAGAUGCCGGCUACGGAGAAGGACCUCGCUGAGGAUGCGCCCUGGAAGAAAAUCCAACAGAACACCUUCACCAGGUGGUGUAACGAGCACCUCAAGUGCCUCAACAAGCGGAUCAACGACCUACAGAAAGACCUGACCGACGGGCUCAAGCUCAUCGGUCUCCUGGAGGUUUUGAGCCAGAAGAAAAUGUACAGAAAGUACCACGCCAGACCUAACUUCAGACAGAUGAAACUGGAAAAUGUGUCCGUCGCGCUGGAAUUUUUGGAGAGAGAACACAUAAAGCUGGUAUCGAUAGACAGUAAGGCCAUCGUGGAUGGGAACCUGAAGCUUAUUCUGGGUCUGAUCUGGACUCUGAUCCUGCACUAUUCCAUCUCAAUGCCCAUGUGGGAGGACGAGGACGAUGAGGACGCCAAGAAGCUGACCCCCAAGCAGAGGCUGCUGGGAUGGAUCCAGAACAAGGUGCCCCAGCUGCCCAUCAACAACUUUCACCGUGACUGGAGGGACGGCAAGGCUCUGGGAGCCCUGGUUGACAACUGUGCCCCAGGCCUGUGUCCUGACUGGGAGACGUGGGAUCCUAGCCAGCCUGUGGAGAAUGCCAGGGAGGCAAUGCAGCAGGCUGAUGACUGGCUCGGUGUGCCCCAGGUGAUAGCCCCUGAGGAAAUAGUGGAUCCCAAUGUGGACGAGCACUCGGUGAUGACCUACCUGUCCCAGUUUCCCAAAUCCAAGCUGAAGCCUGGCGCCCCGCUGCGCUCCAAGACUCUACACCCUAAGAAGGCCAAGGCCUACGGACCAGGUAUUGAUCCCAGAGGUAACAUGGUGCUGAAGCCGGCUGAGUUCAUCGUGGAGACAGUGGAGGCGGGGCUAGGGGAGGUGCUGGUCUAUGUGGAGGACUCAGAGGGACACACAGAGGAGGCCAGAGUGAUCCCCAACAAUGACAAGAACAGGACGUACUCUGUCAUCUACCUGCCCAAAGUGGAGGGCCUUCACAAGGUGAAGGUGAUGUUCGCUGGGCAGGACAUAGACAGGAGUCCCUUCGUAGUGAGUGUGUCCAAGGCCAUGGGAGACCCCAACAAGGUGCAGGCCAGAGGACCAGGACUGGAGCCUGUAGGCAACGUGGCUAACAAGCCGACCUACUUCGACAUCUACACAGCAGGUGCCGGUGCUGGAGACGUGGGUGUGAUCAUUGUGGACUCCCAGGGCAGAAGAGACACCGUGGAGAUCAUUCUGGAAAACAAGGGGGACAGUAUUUUCCGUUGCACCUAUUGCCCUAUCCUGAAGGGGCCUCAUGUUAUCUACGUGACGUUUGCUGGGCAGCAGAUACCCAGAAGCCCUUUCACUGUCCACAUCUCAGAGGCUCCACCGAGCGCCCUGCCCCCUGGCUCUCCGGUGCAGAUAGUGCCCCAGUCCAUACGCACCCCACCCACAGACAAGGCCAAGAGAGUGCCCCCCCCAACACCGCCCAAACCCAGGCGACCAACCAGCAACCCCAACAUGUGUCGGGCCUCAGGGAGAGGUCUCCAGCCUAAGGGGGUGAGGGUGAAAGAGGUGGCUGACUUCAAGGUCUACACCAAGGGAGCCGGCAGCGGAGAGCUCAAGGUCACCGUCAAGGGGCCAAAGGGACUAGAGGAGCCUGUGAAGGUGCGUGACGCGGGAGAUGGGGUGUAUGAGUGUGACUACUACCCCAUCAUGACUGGCAAAUACACCAUCACCAUCACCUGGGGCGGACAGACCAUCCCACGCAGCCCGUUUGAGGUGGGGGUGAGUGAGGACGUGGGGUCCCAGAAGGUGAGGGCGUGGGGGCCGGGCCUGGAGACAGGCAUGGUGGGGAAGUCAGCUGACUUUGUGGUGGAGGCCAUCGGCACAGAGGUGGGAACUCUGGGUUUCUCCAUCGAGGGCCCGUCGCAGGCUAAGAUAGAGUGUGAUGAUAAGGGCGAUGGGUCAUGUGACGUACGUUACUGGCCCACGGAGCCUGGCGACUACGCUGUUCACGUCAUCUGUGACGACGAGGACAUCAAGGACAGCCCCUUUAUGGCCCACAUCCUCCUCACAGCCAAUGACGUGUUCCCUGAGAAGGUGAAGAGCUAUGGCCCAGGUCUGGAACCGAUUGGCUGCAUUGUCAACAAACCAGCAGAGUUCACCAUUGAUGCAAGUGGAGCCGGCAGGGGCCAGCUGAAGAUAUACGCCCAGGAUGCAGAGGGCUUCCCCAUAGACAUCCAGAUCACAGAGAACGGAGACAGCACCUUCCUCUGUGUCUACAUUCCCACUAAGCCCAUCAAACACACCAUCAUUAUCACCUGGGGAGAGGUCAACGUCCCCAACAGUCCCUUCAGGGUGACCAUCGGAGAGGGCAGCCACCCAGAGAAUGUGAAGGUGUAUGGUCCAGGUGUGGAGAAGUCAGGUCUGAAGGCCAACGAGCCCACCUACUUCACUGUGGACUGCAGCGAGGCAGGACAAGGGGAUGUCAGUAUCGGCAUAAAGUGUGCUCCCGGCGUGGUGGGUCCGGCAGAGGCUGACAUCGACUUUGACAUCAUCAAGAACGACAACGACACGUUCACAGUGAAGUACAUGCCCCCCGGCCCCGGACGCUACACCAUCAUGGUGCUGUUCGCUGACCACGAAAUACCCAUCAGCCCUUUCAGGAUCAAGGUGGACCCCUCCCAUGACGCUAACAAGGUGAGGGCGGAGGGACCCGGACUCAACAAGACAGGAGUGGAAGUAGGUAAGCCCACCCACUUCACCAUCUACACCAAGGGAGCGGGCAAGGCCAAGCCUGAAGUGCACUUCACCGGAGCAGCCAAAGGGGACGCCGUUCGAGACUUUGAGAUCAUUGACAACCAUGACUAUUCCUACACCGUGCGCUACACUGCAGUGCAACAGGGUAACAUGUCUAUCUCAAUCUGCCACGGCGGUGACCCCAUUCCCAAGAGCCCCUUCAACAUCACUGUGGCUCCGCCCCUUGACCUCAACAAGGUCAAAGUUCAGGGGUUGAACAACAAGGUUGACGUUGGGAAGGAUCAGGAGUUCACAGUGAGCACGCAUGGCGCCGGUGGCCAGGGCAAGUUGGAUGUGAAGAUCACCUCGCCCUCUCGUCGGCCAAUCCCCUGCAAGCUGGAGUCUGACACGGCCAACGAAGUGCACACUGUGAAGUACAUUCCCCCUGAGGAGGGACCCUACAAAGUGGACAUCAGCUAUGAUGGGAACCCUGUGCCUGGGAGCCCCUUCACUGUGGAGGGGGUGAUGCCCCCUGACCCCUCAAAGGUGCGUGCCUAUGGCCCAGGCCUCCAGGGGGGCAUGGUGGGCAAGGCGGCCCCCUUCGCCAUUGACACCAAGGGUGCGGGCACCGGCGGGCUGGGCCUGACCGUGGAGGGGCCAUGCGAGGCCAAGAUUGAGUGCCAGGACAACGGCGACGGGUCCUGCUCUGUCUCCUACCUGCCCACAGAGCCCGGCGAAUACGCCAUCAACAUCCUGUUUGCCGAGCAGCACAUCCCCGGCUCCCCCUUCAAGGCCAUGGUACAGUCUGUGUUUGACCCCAGUAAGGUCACAGCAAGUGGGCCAGGCCUGGAGAGAGGGAAGGUCAACGAGGCAGGGUCGUUCGUAGUGGACUGCUCCAAGGCUGGGGAGGCCGAGCUGACCAUUGAGAUUAUUUCCGAUUCGGGGUCGAAGGUGGAGGUGCGUGUUCAGAACAACAGUGAUGGGACCUAUUCUAUCACGUACAUCCCACAGUUCCAUGGCAUGUAUACUAUCACCAUUAAAUACGGGGGGCACGCCGUGCCCAAGUUCCCCGCCCGUGUGCAGGUGGACCCAGCCGUGGAUACCAGCGGGGUGAAGGUGUGCGGACCAGGAGUGGAACCCAGAGGGGUCCUGAGGGAGGUGACCACCCAUUUCAUCGUGGAUGCCCGUGCCAAGAGCAAGAUCGGGGGCAGCCAUGUCAAGGCCCGCAUCGUCAACCCUUCAGGCGCCAACACAGACGCCUACAUCACUGACAAGGGAGAAGGCACCUACAGAGUGGAAUACGCUGCCUAUGAGGAUGGGAUGCACCUGAUAGAGGUGCUGUAUGAUGAUGUGGCGGUGCCUAACAGUCCGUUCCGUGUCCCGGUAACGGAGGGUUGUGACCCCAGCCGUGUCAGAGCCUACGGCCCUGGUCUGGAGGAGGGCCUGGUCAACAAACCCAACCGCUUCACUGUGGAAACCAGGGGUGCUGGUACAGGGGGUCUGGGCCUGGCCAUCGAGGGUCCGUCAGAGGCUAAGAUGUCCUGUAAGGACAAUAAAGAUGGCAGCUGCAGUGUGGAGUACAUCCCCUUCACCCCGGGAGACUAUGAUGUCAACAUUACCUUCGGAGGCUUGCCCAUCCCAGGGAGUCCCUUCCGUGUGCCAGUGAGAGAGCUGGUGGACCCAAGUAAGGUGAGGUGUUCAGGCCCAGGGCUGGGUAGUGGAGUCAGAGCCCGUGUUCUUCAGACCUUCACCGUGGACACCAGCAAGGCUGGCCUCGCCCCUCUGGGAGUGGUGCUGUACGGACCUACUGGAGUGGCUGAGCCAGUGAACAUCACGGAUAACGGAGACGGAACACACACAGCGACCUACACCCCGGCCAAGGACGGCCCGUACAUCGUGUGUGUGAAGUACGCUGACCAGGAGGUCCCUCGCAGUCCGUAUAAGAUCAAGACAUUGCCUGCUCAUGAUGCCAGUAAGGUGCGUGCCAGUGGGCCAGGUUUGAAUGCCCAGGGUGUGCCUGCCAGCCUGCCUGUGGAGUUCACCAUCGAUGCCCGUGAUGCUGGCGAAGGCCUGCUCACUGUGCAGAUACUGGACCCAGAAGGCAAGCCGAAAAAGGCCAACAUCCGUGACAACAGAGAUGGGACGUACACAGUGUCCUAUGUACCUGACAUGGCAGGGCGCUACACCAUCACCAUCAAGUAUGGAGGAGAUGAGAUUCCCUACUCACCCUAUCGUAUCCAUGCCCUGCCCACUGGAGACGCCAGCAAGUGUCUGGUCACAGUUUCCAUUGGAGGACAUGGAUUGGGUUCAGGCCUCGGACCCACCAUCCAGAUCGGCGAGGAGACCGUCAUCACCGUGGACGCAAAAGCUGCUGGGAAGGGGAAGGUGACCUGUAAGGUGUCGACGCCAGAUGGGGCCGAGCUAGACGUGGACGUGGUGGAGAAUUCCGACGGAACGUUUGACAUCUAUUACACGGCUCCGGAACCCGGGAAAUACGUCAUCACCAUCCGCUUUGGAGGAGAACACAUUCCAAACAGCCCCUUCCACGUGGUGGCCAGUGAUACCGUCCCUAUAAUAGAGGAACCGUGUGACAAGCUCCAGUUACAACAGCCCUACCAGGCCUACCAGGGCUACCCCCCUCACUGGGCCACAGAGGAGCCAGUCACCACCGGCGAUGUCAUGGAGCCUAUGCUCCGCCCCUUCAACCUGGUCAUUCCGUUCACCGUUCAGAAGGGAGAGAUCACAGGUGAGGUGCGUAUGCCCUCAGGUAAGACAGCCCGUCCUAACAUCACAGACAACAAGGAUGGGACAGUCACAGUGAAGUACGCCCCUACAGAGAAAGGCCUGCACGAGAUGGACAUCAAAUAUGAUGGAAACCACAUCCCAGGAAGUCCCCUCCAGUUCUAUGUAGAUGCCAUCAAUAGUGGUCAUGUGACAGCCUAUGGUCCUGGUCUGAGUCACGGCAUGGUCAACAAAUCUGCCACCUUCACCAUCGUCACCAAGGAUGCAGGGGAAGGUGGUCUGUCCCUGGCGGUGGAGGGUCCCUCUAAGGCAGAGAUCAACUGUAAGGACAACAAGGAUGGAACCUGCACUGUGUCUUACGUUCCCACUGUGCCAGGAGACUACAACAUCAUCGUUAAGUUUGACAACAAACACAUCGCCGGCAGCCCCUACACUGCCAAGAUCACAGGAGACGACACUAUGAGGACAUCCCAGCUCAACGUUGGCACGGCAACAGACGUGUCAUUGAAGAUCUCAGAGACAGACUUGACCAGCCUGACAGCGAGCAUCAGAGCACCGUCGGGCAACGAGGAACCCUGCCUGCUCAAGAGACUGCCCAAUCGACACAUUGGUAUCUCAUUCACUCCUAAGGAGGUAGGGGAGCAUGUUGUGAGUGUGAAGAAGAACGGGACGCACGUGACCAACAGCCCCUUCAAGAUCAUGGUGGGCCAGUCAGAGAUUGGCGACGCCAGCAAGGUCAAGGUGUUUGGCCAGGGACUGGUGGAGGGACACAUCUUUGAGGUGGCUGAGUUCAUAGUUGACACCAGGAACGCAGGUUAUGGUGGUCUGGGUCUGUCUAUCGAGGGUCCCAGUAAGGUGGAUAUUAACUGUGAGGAUGUGGAGGAUGGUACCUGUAAGGUGACCUACUGUCCCACUGAACCAGGAAAUUACAUCAUCAACAUCAAGUUCGCCGACCAGCACAUUCCAGGAAGUCCUUUCACAGUGAAGGUGUGUGGUGAGGGCAGGGUGAAGGAGAGCAUCACCAGGAAGAGACAUGCUCCAUCCAUUGCUACUGUGGGCAGCACCUGUAACCUCAACCUCAAAAUACCAGGUAAUUGGUUCCAGAUGGUGUCGGCCCAGGAGCGGCAUACGCGCACGUUCACGCGCAGCAGUCACACGUACACGCGAACGGAGUGCACAGAGAUUAGUAAGACAAGGGCGGGGGAGACCAAGCGGGAGGUGCGCGUGGAGGAGAGUACCCAGGUUGGGGGAGACCCCUUCAGGGACGUGUUUGGAGAGUUCCUGGGGAGUCAGAGUCUCACAGGCUUCAGUGGGAUACCAGCCACUACCAGACAGUCUCAAGAGGGUGUGUGUGUGACACAAGAGGGUGACCAGGGGGCCCAGGAGAUGACGGCCCAGGUGACCAGUCCGGGGGGUAAAACAGAGGACGCAGAGAUCAUCGACGGCGAGGACAGCACCUACAGCGUCCGCUUCAUCCCCCAGGAGAUGGGUCCCCACACGGUCAAUGUCAAGUACCGGGGCCAGCACGUCCCCGGGAGCCCCUUCCAGUUCACUGUGGGGCCCCUGGGAGAGGGAGGGGCACACAAGGUCCGGGCUGGGGGCACAGGGCUGGAUAGAGGAGUGGCAGGAGUGGCAGCUGAGUUUAGUAUCUGGACCAGAGAGGCUGGAGCAGGGGGUCUGUCCAUCGCUGUAGAGGGGCCCAGUAAGGCAGAGAUCACCUUUGAAGACAGGAAGGAUGGAUCCUGUGGAGUGGCCUAUGUGGUGCAGGAGCCAGGUGACUAUGAGGUGUCCAUUAAGUUUAAUGAUGAGCACAUCCCAGACAGUCCCUUUAUAGUCCCCAUCGCCACUCUGUCUGAUAACGCACGCCGCCUUACAGUCACCAGCCUACAGGAGAUGGGAUUGAAGGUGGGCCAGGAGGCGUCGUUCGCGGUGCAGUUGAACGGGGCGAGGGGGUUGAUAGAUGCUAAGGUUCACACCCCGUCCGGAGCUGUAGAGGAGUGUUAUGUUACUGAGCUGGACAGCGACCAGCACGCCAUCCGGUUUAUCCCGAGGGAGAACGGAGUCCACUCCAUCGAAGUGCGUUUCAACGGGAGCCACAUUCCCGGUAGUCCCUUCAAGAUCCGUGUGGGAGAGAUCGGACAGGUCGGAGACCCGGGAAUGGUGUCAGCCUUCGGACCUGGGCUGGAAGGAGGAACCACAGGCGCGGCGUCUGAUUUUGUAGUGAACACGUGUAAUGCAGGGUCGGGUGCUCUGUCAGUGACCAUUGAUGGGCCGUCCAAGGUCAAGAUGGACUGUCAGGAUUGUCCCGAGGGUUACAAGGUCACUUACACACCCAUGGCCCCCGGCAGCUAUCUCAUCACCAUCAAAUACGGAGGACCAUCCCACAUCGUAGGCAGCCCCUUCAAGGCUAAAGUCACAGGUGCUCGUCUCUCUGGUGGCCACAGUCUACAUGAAACUUCGUCCGUACUUGUGGAGACAGUAACCAAGUCGUUGUCGUCGUCAUCGUCGAUGGGCGUGGCCUAUGGCCCUAAGUUCUCUUCGGAUGCCAGUAAGGUGGUCUCCCGGGGCGCCGGCCUAUCAAAGGCCUUUGUAGGGCAGAAGAACACCUUCACAGUGGAUUGCAGCAAUGCAGGAACUAACAUGUUGAUGGUGGGGGUACAUGGACCCAAGACCCCGUGUGAAGAGGUCUAUGUUAAACAUCUGGGAAACAGGAUGUACAACGUCACCUACACCGUCAAAGAACAGGGCAACUACAUCCUCAUCGUCAAAUGGGGGGAUGAAAAUGUCCCUGGCAGCCCCUUCCAUGUCACCGUCCCCUAAGACUCAUCCAUCCCCUGUACAACCCCCUGCUGUAUCCCAGAAUGGACUAGUCCAACACCCCCACAGACACACUAAAGAUGCAAAGACUUUUUCAGUCUGUCCGGAGGGUGGGGGGAUGGGGGGGGGUAAUUUACCCAUCAUGCAUUGUGCCACAUUUCUCUGAUAACUCAUCCAGGCGACAUCACAAAAUCUGAGUUGCCAAUCAUCCUAUGUCUGCGCCGCCCCACCAACUAGCCACCCUGAUGCUGUUUACUUUCAAUGAGAGGGAAUGUACAAAGAGGUCAAAUAAUGUUUUCUGUCUGUAUCAGCCUAUGCUAGUAUUUUCAGAGUACAAACACAGUAUGCAGUCACUACCGUGUGCUUUUUAGCUAGUCCCCCAAUGGUGUCCCACACUGCCUGUACUGGCCUGGUCAAAAUGGCUGCCUUACAUGAGGGAAGAUGGCUGUGACGUCACUGUCUGGGUCACAGACAGA